AUGAGAAACAACAUCCGGGAAUUACCAAGAAGCACUUCUUCUCAUUCGUUGUCUGUGCACACUAUGGAGGGGGUUAACAGAGGUAGGGGUGAGAUGUAUGGGUUGAAAAAUCUGGCUGUAAUAAUUGCGUUUUUGAGUGUGGGAAGAUUCAUAAUAGACAACAACAGAGAAUUUGGGCUUCUUAUGUCAUUGCCUCUCCAAACACUUUCCAUAACGGAAUGCUCUUGCUUCCUCCUGACGGUCUUAAUGAGCUUUGUUCGAUCGCUCCUUGGAUUCUAUAUAGAAGUGAGAAGGCUUGGGGUUCCAUGCAUAUACUUGAACUUAGGUGCCUUUGAGGCAUUCAUUGUGUACUUGAAUCUAAACUAUAUAAACCACAUCUAUUCUUCAGGAUGGUCCAUGAUACUCAAUGUUGUUUAUACGGCUAAGCUAAUUUCGUUUCAUUUGGCUAUAAGGGAGCUCAGGAAGGACAAGAAAGUCAAUAUAACAAGGGGAUUGAAGAUCAGGCACUUUCUGUACUUUCUGGUUGUUCCCACUCUUUGUUUUCAAUUGGACUUUCCCAUGAGAGCUAAAAGAAGCAUUAAAGGCAUUUUCUUGAAGGCCAUCCAGCUUCUGAUGGGCUUUCUUCUCUUUGUUCUUGUCAUGGAUCAGUAUGCAAUACCUAGUAUAUAUCGAAUUGUUGAUUUCGAGGACAUCACUGUUGUGAUUGAAAACAUAAUCAACUUUUCGAUAAGUACCAUAAUUCUAUUUCUGAUAUUUUUCUACACUGUUUUUUAUUGUUUUCUGGACGCCGUUGCAGAUAUAACAUUAUUCUAUGACUCGUGUUUCUAUCAAGAGUGGUGGAAUGCAUCUUCUGCAAGGGAGUUCUGGGCCCUAUGGAACAGACCUGUGUAUCUGUGGUUCAAAAGACAUAUAUACGCUCCACUGGUCAUUAGGGGAAUGCCCAAAGAGAGGGCUGGCGUGAUUGUAUUCACGAUAUCUGGGCUGAUCCAUGAAUACGUUGCAUCCAUCUCGAUAAAAAAGGUCACGGGAUGGUUUUUUAUAACAAUGCUUCUCCAGGUUCCUCUUAUUCAUGUCACAGAGUCAUUUAGAAAGCGAUUUCCUGGUCUGGGAAACUUCUUUUUCUGGGGUGCUUUUUGUGUCAUCGGCCAGCCUUCUGUACUGCUUCUGUACUACAGAUCUUUGUACUUGAAAGAGUGUCAUGCAUAG